AUGGCACCUCUUCAGAAGGCCCUGCCAAACCAGCUGCAGCCCCGGGGGCUCCCUCUGCUGCUGUCUCCCACAGGCCCAUGGACUGCUUCCCCAACACCAGCUCAGCGCUACGCUAGCGUCACUCACAAUGUCCAUGAAGUGAAGAUAAAAAAAAAUGGCCAACCAGCACCUGGUAAUGUCGUCACUACUGUUCCACCAGCGCUUAUUAAUAUAGCAGCAGCUGUUAUUUCAUCCAUGAGUAUCAGGGAUCGGUAUGCUUCAGUCACUCACAACGUCUAUGAAGAGAAGAUAAAUAACAACAACCAGCACCUGAUAACGUCUUGUCAACUGCUCCACCAUGGCUUCGUGAUAUGGCAGCAGCUGGAAUUUCAUCCACAAGUACCAGGGAUCUGUCUCGGCCUCAACAUUUGGUUUCCAGAUGCUACCGUCACUCACGAUGUCUGUGAUGAGAGGAUGGAAAAUGACCAACUGCGACUGAAUAAUGUCUUGUUAACUUUUCCACCAGAGCGUGUUAACAUGGCGGUAGCUGGUUUUUCGGCCAUGAGUCCUAGGGAUCUGUAUGCUACCAUCAAUCACAAUGUCUAUGAAGUGAGGAUGGAAAAUAACCAACCACAGUUUAAUAACCUCUUGUCAACUGUUAAACCAGGGCAUAUUAACAUGGCAGCAGCUGGUAUUCCAGCCAUGAGUGCCAAGGGUCUGUAUGCUGUAGUCAAUCUCAAUGUCCAUGGAGAGAAGAUAAAUAACGGUCAACCAGCACCUGAUAACUUCUUGUCAUCCGUUACACCAGGGCUUAUUAAUGUGUCAGUAGAUGGUGCUACUGUCACUCACAAUGCCCAUGAAGAGAAGAUGGAAAAUGGCCAACAAGCAGCUGAUAAUAUCUUGUCAGCUGUUCCACCAGGGCUUAUUAAUACAUCAGAAGCUGGUAUUCCAGCCAUGAGUACCAAUGAUCUGUAUGCUACCAUCACUCACGAUGUCAGUGAAAAGAAGAUAAAAAACAGCCAACCAGCACCUGAUAACUUCCUGUGCACUGUUACACCAGGGCUUAUUAAUUUGGCAGGAGCUGGUAUGCUGGCCAUGAGUACGAGGGAUCUGUAUGACACCGCCACUCACAAUGUCCAUGAAGAGAAGAUGAAAAACAAGCACCUGAUAACUCCUUGUCAACAGUUCCACCGGGGCUUAUUAAUCUGUCAGGAGCUGGUAUUUCAUCCAGGAGUACCAAGGAUCUGUGUAUGUUUGUGUAUUGCUUGUACCGUCCUAUGGUUUCCAUAUGCAUGCAUAGCGUCCUGCAGGGAAGAAGAUGCUACUGUCAUUCACAAUAUCCAAGAGGAGGAGAUGGAAAAUGGUCAAAUGCCUCCUGAUGACUUCCUGUCAAAUUCUGCUCCACUAGAGCUUAUAAAUAUGACAGAAGAUUGUAUGCCACUCAACGCAUUGGAUUCUUUCUCUUACGACUUCACUAGUCUCAGCAGAGAGGAGCUGCUUUACAAACAUGAUAGUAAUGAAUUUGCGGUAGGCACCAAAAACUACAGUGUCUCUGCAGGUGACCCACCAGUCAUAGCAAUGUCUUCAGUGGAAACUCCACAGAUAUCUCCUGCCAUGGCAAAAAAUAAUCAAGAUAUAAAAUGUCAAUUAAUGAAAGAAGUUUGAAGGUUUGGGCAAAAUUAUGAAAGAAUUUUCAUUUUCCUUGAAGAAGUACAAGGAUCUAUGAAAGUCAAGAGACAAUUUGUUGAAUUUACCAUCAAGGAAGCAGUAAGGUUUAAAAAAGUUGCCUUAAUUCAGCAACUCGAGAAGGUGCUUAAAGAAAUAGAUUCCCACUGCCAUCUCAGAAAAGUUAAGCACAUGAGAAAAAAAAAUAAUUGUGUUAGUGCAAAGACCAAGGAGAUACAAGGAUACACGCGGCAGGAUGGAACAGGUUAUUGCUGAA